CUGACACAGCAGAACAACCUGAUAUACAGGUUUUUAGCUUAGAUAUUGCCAACAGUUCUGAAAAUGUCGCCAAUUCUAAUGAUACAGAUGAAGAUUAUAUUACAAUAGAGCCUGAUGACCAGAAUCAUGACGAUAGUGAUGAUGAGCAGAAAUUAUGUAAAUUAACUGAACCUGAUUAUAGUAGCGAGGAUGAAGAGAUUA